AUGUUCACGAACCAGGAUUCAGCCACCAACCAAUUGCUUCUCUUGAUCAAGAACUCGCUACCGCUUGUUCGGAUACCGAUCCUCUUGCGCGUCUGGGUUGUGGAGGAAUAUCUACGUGUUCAGCUCGGAAUGAAAGCCUUCAAUGGACUUGACCGUGCUCUUUGGCUGGGAUCUCGAGUCCUUGUUACUAACUACACCAGAAUCGGUGCCAGGCUUUCCUUCGGCAGGCCAGCUGCCUCAAUUGGUCCAAUGAAUUCAAGGAACGAUUGUAGCGUUCUCUGUGUUGCUAACGGAGAUACUGCCCUUGCUGUGAGCGAUUAUGACACGGCUAUUGACCUAUACUCUGCGGUAAUCAACUUGCAUUCUGCAUCUGAUACCGUAUUUGCAAACCGCAGUAAAGCGAAGUUGAGCAAAAUGUUAUGGACGGAAGCCCUUCUCGAUGCGCAGAAGGUCAUCGAAAUCGACUCUUUGUCUUAUCAUGGAUAUAAAUUGAAGCACGCAGCACUUCACGGUGCACAGCGCUAUGAUGAAGCCAUUCAGGCCUUCCAAAUGAUGCUGUCGAAAUUGGACAAUGCACCCGACAUUCAGACGCGAAAGCUACGCCAGCAGUAUCUGAAACUCUCUGAAGUAGAAGGUGUCAUUCAACGGAUAAGCGCCUUCAAAAUGAGCACAGAGUACAAGGAGAUUGUGUCAUCAACAAUCACGCAUGGAGACUUGCACAUGAAGCACAUCGAAGAAGUGGUGAAGAGGUACUUCCAAUAUGCCAUGCUAUCACACAGGUGGGAAGGGAAGGAGCCUCUGCUUCAGGAUAUCGAGGGCAUCAGCGCAUACGACUCGGAGUUGGAUCCCAUUGGCGGCAUGACGAAACUGCGGUCGUCUGCAAAACUGCUCGCGAUGCGGAGCAACAACGUCGAACUCCAAGAAUCGGUUAACUCCAUGUUCGUCUGGUAUCACCACUCUGCGCUUACGAUUGUCUACUUGUCUGACGUUCCCCUUCGUCAAAGUCUGGCGCACUGGCAUAAAGUGCUUGGAACACGCCGGAUGGACGGUUCAAGAAUUCAUCGCUUCCAAAGUCAUUCUCUUUUAUCAGAACGAUUGGAUCUUUAUCAAGAUGAUCACACUCCCAACCACAAGGAUUCAAUCGCGAUCAUGCAGGAGUUAAAGGAAGCGACGGGCAUAGACCAACCAGUCGUCCCAACCUUCCGUUCCAGCAUGCAUAACGCCCGAGAAAAACUUCAUUGGGCGUCAACCCGCGUUACCACACAUUAUGGUGAGAAGCAGGACAAGGCUCUCGGGCGGCUCCUGCAGGAGAUCGUGGCUCGGUCGGGCGACAUCACUGGUCUCGAUUGGGUCGGAAAAUCAUCAGAGUUCAAUAGCUGUCUACCAGCCUCCAUCACUCACGAAGCUCCACCAUGCAGACUACCACCCUUACCCGAAGAUGAAAUUCAGUCAUCGGUUCUUCGCUGCGAAAGACGUCCAGCCCCGGAAAAUCAUUUCACGUAUGAAGUGAAGGCAGACGGGCUUGUGGACUUGCUUGUCACCACCGCAGAGACCAUAGUUCAAUUCUGGCCGGCAAGGCCCACUGAACAAAAUUUUGUCCUUGAGCUACCUGACUUUGUAGAACCGCCUGGAUUUAUGGACCCGUCUGACUAUGGAGACGAUACGGAGAACGAGGAGGAUUAUUGCACGCCGCCUUCUUCUCCGUUGGACGACUCGUCUGCCUUUAGUGCAUUUUUGCUAGCGCAGCAGCGCAGUGGAGAAUACAAGAGGAUUGCGACGGAUCGUGAUAUCAUUGGGCAGGUCAACGACGUAGUUUCUGUCGGAGACUUAAUGGACAUCAGGACCAUAGAAAUAUUGUAG